CGCAGCCUGGGAGAUGCUUCCGGCCGUGCAGAAAAAGUUUUUCAUCUCUCAGGUGCUAGGAAAGUUUUCACCGCAUGUAUCAAGCUUGAUGGUAAAUCCACAGUUGGACCCUUCACAAGUUGACAAUCCAAGUCCAUGUAUGGUCAACAUCUUUAACCCUAGUGGAUCAAGGGCAACUGGUUUUAAAAGAAGACGAAAAAAGAAUCCUGAGGAUAAAAAAGUUAAACCUGAUAGUAAUGUCAAAAUGAUAAAAACUGUUAUUAAAACUGAAGUAGAAGAUAGUUGUGAUUCUGGACUAGUUAUUGAUAUUGGUCCAGAGGUAAAGUCCAAAGAAGUUCCUUCUGUACAAGUACAAAGGGUAAAACGGAAAUACACCAAAAGGAAACAUAAAGAAAGUACUUUAGGAGUGAAUGUUCAAAAUACCCCUAAUACUUCCCUAAUGUGUGCCUUGCCUGUCCGUGUAGAAGAUAUAAAAGUGGAAAAUGAUUUAGAUAUCUCUAAUAUUACUCAACCAAAAACUGAGUUGCCCGAUGAAUCCACUGAAGCAGGAGAAACAUCGAAUAAGAUAGAAUGUGGUAACACAAAGAAUAAAAAGCCAAAGGUAGACAAAAACGAAUUACCUCUAAAACCCAAACGGAAGUACGUAAAACGAAAACUUGUUAGGAAAAAGUACAAAAAAAGAGAGCCAAAACAAAAACCUCCAAAGGAUGAAAUUGUUUUGCCAGAAGUAGUUGGAACCGACAAUAAUGAACCAGAACCUGAGCCCAUGAAUGAAGAGGAAAUGGAAAUAGAUUUGUGGAUUGAAUUAGAAGACGAUUCCAUUCUUACAAAUGAGGAGGUUGACAAUUUUUUUAAUGGCAUUGACGAUCCUGACCAUCUCUUUAGCGAAUUAGGUAUUGUAAUGGAAAAUCAAGAAUUACCAGAAUUAUUCAACAAUCCGUAAAUUUAUUCUGUAAUUUAAAAUUUAUUACAUUCAAUAAAUAGCUUAGUUUAGAGAGCCUUGGACUGUAAAACAAGUGUAUGGGGUCUUGGAAUUGUUGGCUGAUACUAGUAAAAUCUAACCAUACAACAUGUA